AUGGUUAAGGUCUCGAGCGGCAGCGCAAGCAACGAUUUUCGUUUUUCUGAACAAUACAGAGAUUGUUCAAGUUUGUUGAAAAAAAUGGGGCUAACGCCAUUUUGUACUAAAUUCCCAGAAGGUCCCCCACUGGAGGAAUUGGACCCGGCCAUCCUCAGUUGCGGUUUACCAGCGAUUAUGCUUUCGGACAUUCAUCCGAUCAUAGCACCUCCCGUCUUGCGCUACACAGCAGUCCAGUUGCAAGCCAUGCGCAAACAUUCGCUUUGUUCCCGACGCCCGGCCAUAGCCGAUGAUCCGAAGCUAUCUCGUUUCAGCAUAUGGCGCUCUUCGAACGCGCUGAGGAAGUCGUGCCUCAAAGAAAGGAAAACCAAUCAGCAAAGUGAUGAAACAAGCAAGAAUCACCAUCAAGAACGCCCAGCUAAUACACGUGAAAAUGGAUUCGCCGCGCCAAGAGUUCGUCGCAAUUAUGAAUUUAGUAACCGUAAUAACCAUGUUAUUGUGAAAAGUUACAAAAGCGGCGAUGAACAGCGUCGUGUACAGGAUACUGCUGCUGAGGAAGAACCGGAGUGGGUUGCCUCCGGCCCUACAUCUCGCUUAGAUACAAUCGAACUACGCGGUUUCGACGAAGACGUGUCAAUGAAUGCCUUACCGACAUCGAGUGAGUCGAAGACCACCGGUGACAAAGCCACCGAAAAACAUAUCUCAUUUUUUGACGAUCUUCAACACUACGAGCAUGUACAUCCGAAACGUGCUGGGGGAAACACUUCGAAAGAGCUCGACACUUCUGGAAGGGAAACCGACAGCGAAAGUGUGGCCAUAUCAAGUACCAAUUCACCUCCACCGGCACGCAGCACUCCGACGAAGAGUUUGCCAGAUAACAAUAACAGUUACAAUUCUGGACAGAAAACCUCUCAGGCGCAAAAUAACAGCAUCAAUGUGAACAAUUUUGAGGAAUUUAUGAAAUUUGAAUCGCUCUUUGGGUCAGACAAUGGUUCUAGCGGUCAAACCGGCUCGCGUUUUAGUAAAUGGUUCCGACGUGGAAAUACAUCAUUCAAUCAAUAUUCCAAUCAAGAUGGACGCCGACUUCCGUAUGGUUAUUUUCCUUCCAAUGACUUUGCCAACACUAGUGGAUCUUCCCAGUAUGAAGGACAUGCUGCACAGCGUUCCUCUAGUGGGGCAUCAUACCUUCCUCGUGGCUACCAAGGAGCUCACGCUUUCGAACAAAACAAUUCUAUGAAUGCAGCCGCACCGAAUUCAGCUUUCAAACGGUUACUAGACAUGGUGACACAUAACCGGCUCGGCAAUAAUAUGCUUGCGCAACAACAAUACAUGCUGCAAAUGCUUAACAAAAAUCAGCAAAGUGAAAUUUUACGUCGCAUGCUAAUGAAGAAUACGAUGGAUAAUGCUAUAGCAGAUCCCGGCCAGCCAAAGGCGCCGCCGCAGCAGUCGCAAGAGCAGCGCAUGCCGACACAUCGCGAACUGCAGUUUCACACUCAAGCUAUUAUGCAGAACGCUUUAUUGCGCAAGAAACUUCAGGAUCAACAAAAGAUGCUCUUCGAACAAAACAGUCAAAUGACGGUUAUGGCCGCUGCAGCUGCAGCCUCCGCCGAACCGAAUGCCGCUGUUCAGCAGUUCGUUCAGUCGGUUUGCCCCAACGUCCAACGGAGCCUUUCGGUUCUCGGUCAAGCCAGGGUAAACCAACCGAAUCAUCAGCAGAAAUUUGGUCAAUCGUUUCCCAACGCAGACGAACAACAAGCGCACCGCGAUCUCUCAGCGUCUUUACAGCGGAUGCUGCUCUCUCCACCGCAACAACGCUCGGUUGGAUACCGUUUCGGAAAGGCCUAA